CUUUGUCUGUUUUCUUCUUUUGUUUCGACUGCUCAGUGUAGUACGCCUGGAACUGAGGAAAAGAUGAUUUCAUAUUGCCCGAUUUGUGGGAAACCUGUUUAUUUUGCUGAAAGAAAACGCUCUUUGGGUAAAGACUACCAUCCAUUGUGCCUAAAAUGCUUCAAGUGCAAAAGGCAGCUUACUGCUGGGCAACAUGCAGAGAAUGAUGACAAACCAUACUGUAACCGUUGCUAUCUUCUGCACUUUGGACCAAGAGGAGUGAGAGGACCUACCUCUCGAACUUCUCUUGGCUCUGGAGCGGCUGCUUCCUCGACUGCAUUAAAAAAAGAGAACCAAAACAAUUCUUAGAGAGUGGAGUUCUUAAAAUUUGAAUAUGCCACUAUACUUCAAAUGUGAAAUAACUGUGCUCAUAAGUAGUUUACAUAACUGAUGUCUUAUAUGUAAAACUUUUCUAGCAGCUUAUCAAAUUGUGUUUUACAUUGCAAAUUAUGUAAAAAUAUAACACCAUUUGUAGUGAAUUGUGCGGCAUUUUUCGUUGCUGACGUACAUGAGAAUUUAAUAACCAGUUUCUGUGCCAUUCUUCAACAUAUUGUAAUAUAAUAGACAAUCUGCCCGUCUUUCACAAAACCACCUUCAACCUGGUGCUGAUGACAACUGUCUUUUUUUCCCAUAAA